CAACAACAAGAAGGGUUUUUCACUUCCUCGUUUAAAUUGAAAACAUUAACCAAAACAUGGGCAGAAAGUUCUUCGUCGGCGGUAACUGGAAAUGCAAUGGAACCACUGAAGAGGUGAAGAAAAUUGUGGGUACUUUGAACGAAGCUAAAGUCCCCGGAGAAGAUGUUGUUGAAGUUGUUGUGAGCCCUCCUUAUGUGUUCCUUCCCUUUGUGAAAAGCUUACUUCGCUCUGACUUCCAUGUUGCUGCUCAAAACAGUUGGGUUCGCAAAGGUGGUGCUUAUACCGGGGAGAUUAACACUGAAAUGCUUGUAAAUUUGGAUAUCCCUUGGGUUACUCUCGAGCACUCUGAGCGAAGGCAGCUUCUAAAUGAAACAAAUGAGUUUGUUGGUGACAAAGUUGCAUAUGCACUCUCACUAGGGAGGAAAGUUAUCGCCUGCAUUGGGGAGACUCUUGAACAGUGUGAAGCUGGUACUACUCUGGAUGUUGUUUCUGAGCAAACAAAGGCAAUUACAGACAAAGUAUCAAACUGGGAUAAUGUUGUUUCAGCCUAUGAGCCAGUUUGGGCCAUUGGAACAAGAAAGGUUGCAUCUCCUGCUCAAACUAAAAGGUCCGCUUCCAUUUCCACCAUCGGACCAUCCAGCUACGCGACUUAG